UAGGCUACUGAUAUCAAUUCAAAAAAGUAUAUAGAGAGUCCUCCCGUGCUCCACUCAAAGGUUCCACUCGGUCGAUCGUUGCGUAGUUAUUCUUCUACUUGUUCGUCGAGUAGAUCCUUUUUGCACAGUUUUAAACGUUUGGAAUAACUGAAUAAGAUGACUGGCAAACUUCCCAAGCCUCAACUUAGGAACCUUCUUAUAUCUAAUACCAAGAAGCACCUUGUAGCAAUGGUUAUUGUAUCCAUUUCAAGUGCUUUAACAUUUAAGUACUUGGUUGCUGAUCCAAGGAAACAGAAAUAUGCUGAUUUCUACAAGACCUAUGAUGCUGAGAAGUCUCUCAAGCGAAUGAUUGAUGCUGGUUUAAUGCAGUCUGGCAAUAUUGAAUAAUAAGCAUUUCUUAGGAAUGUAAAUAGUUGAAUUAAUUGGUCUGUAUUAUCGAGUAAUUGGUAUCAUUGAGUAUCCAAUAAAUUGAUAAAUCCAUAUAAUUUAA